GAGCGAGGAGACACCUUUAAUAAACAGCGGUGCGCCCUUUGAAAAGCCAAAAGCCAGUCGCAUCCUGAAACCCUAAAACCUCCUCUCUCUCUCUCUCCUCUCCAUUGUCAUCGCAACUCUUCCGAUCUAAUCGUCUCCUGAUCUAGAGCUGCAGCAUUACCGUUAGAGCUGUGAUUUGAUUUUUGAUGACAACUACUUUGGAUAUGUCACUCGAUGAUAUGAUUAAGAGCAAGAGGGGUAAUCGCGAUAGAAUCAGAGACCGAGGGAGGGCUGGUCCUCGCGGCGGCGGUCGUGGUGGUGGUGGUGGUGGUUUUGGCCGUGGUUCUUUUAUUGGUGGUGGUGGAAGAAUGACAAGGGGUGUUCGGAGAGGGCCUCCCCCGGCAGCUAUAAAUGCUCGGCCGUCUGCCCAUACCAUUGCCAAGUCCUUCCGCAGAACCAAGCGUUUCCCGUGGCAGCCUGAUUUGUUUGAAGAGAGCCUUAGAGCUGCAGGGAUUUCAGGGAUUGAAAUCGGCACAAAAUUAUAUGUGUCCAACUUGCACUGUGGAGUGACUAAUGAGGAUAUAAGGGAACUCUUCUCUGAGAUUGGAGAGCUGAAGCGAUAUGCAGUUCAUUUUGACAAAAAUGGACGGCCAAGUGGAACAGCUGAAGUGGUUUACACCAGAAGAAGUGACGCAUUUGCUGCAUUGAAACGCUAUAAUAAUGUCCUAUUGGAUGGAAAGCCUAUGAAGAUCGAGAUUGUUGGUGCUAAUGAGGGGAUGCCAAUUACUGCUCGUGUCAAUGUGACAGGAGCACAAGGAAGAAGGAAGAGGACAGUAGUAAUGACGCCCAGACAUGGUCAUGCUGGUGGCUAUGCUUCGCCUGUGGUUAAUCGUGGUCCUGGCCCUUUUAGGAGCACUCGUGGAGGAAUCAGGAAUGGCCGGGGAGCUUCACGUGGUCGCGGACGUGGUCGUGGCCGCGGGCGUGGACAAGGACCUGAGAGGAAGAAACCUGUUGAUAAGUCAGUUGAUGACCUUGACAAGGAACUCGAUAGCUAUCAUGCAGAAGCCAUGCAAACUUAGUUAAUCAAAGCUGUGGAAGUUGCUGGGAUGAAUCAAUCAUGAACAGCUAUGCUAUCUGUACAAAAGUGGCCAUUGUAAUUUUUAGGAUGUUAACUGGUUCUACUCGAUGUCGCGAUGCUUUGCAUUUUAGGCUAGCAAAAUUAAGGGGAGUUGAAGGGUAGAUGCUGUUGGUUGAUUUUGAAACCCUUGCUUUUGUUCUGAAAUUUCUUUGCUUCAUGGUUGAUGGAUGUAUUCUAUUUAACUAUAUUGCGUGAAAAUAGUGGUUUUGUUUGAGUUUUGGGCAUGGGAAAAACUAGUGCCCUCUGUUGCUUUUUCUUAAUGGAUGAGACAAUGUUCAUCAUGCGCAGAAGAGCCGUGAAGUUUCAGUGUGUAACUUGUAUCGUCUUUGUGCAGUUUGUCAAUCUCGUGUAGUUGUGUGA